CCAAGCCACAGCCAGACCACUGGCACCCACCCAGAGGCCCCUGAUUGCUCCCACUUCCAGCUUCCGGAAGUGUGGAUGGGGAUUCAGGGGCGAGGCGGCCCUUGACCCCCCCCUUGCCCCCCUUAGGAGUCCAAGUCGCAGCCAUGUUCCUGGUCAACUCGUUCUUGAAGGGCGGCGGCGGGGCAGGCGGGGGCCUGGGCGGGGGCCUGGGGGAUGUGCUGGGAGGCCUGAUCGGCGGCGGCGGCGGCGGAGGAGGAGGAGGAGGAGGAGGCGGCGGCGGCGGCGGAGGAACGGCCAUGCGCAUCCUGGGCGGGGUCAUUAGUGCCAUCAGCGAGGCGGCUGCGCAGUAUAACCCUGAGCCUCCGCCCCCACGCACACAUUAUUCCAACAUUGAGGCCAACGAGAGCGAGGAGGUCCGGCAGUUCCGGAGACUGUUUGCCCAGUUGGCUGGAGAUGACAUGGAGGUCAGCGCCACAGAACUCAUGAACAUUCUCAACAAGGUCGUGACCCGACACCCUGAUCUGAAGACCGAUGGUUUUGGCAUUGACACAUGUCGCAGCAUGGUGGCUGUGAUGGAUAGCGACACCACAGGCAAGCUGGGCUUUGAGGAAUUCAAGUACCUGUGGAACAACAUCAAAAAGUGGCAGGCCAUAUACAAGCAGUUUGACACGGACCGGUCAGGGACCAUCUCCAGCAGGGAACUCCCAGGGGCUUUUCAGGCAGCAGGCUUCCAUCUGAACGAGCAUCUCUACAACAUGAUCAUCCGACGCUACUCGGAUGAGGGAGGGAACAUGGAUUUCGACAACUUCAUCAGCUGCCUGGUCCGACUGGAUGCUAUGUUCCGUGCCUUCAAGUCUCUUGACAAAGAUGGCACUGGACAAAUCCAGGUGAACAUCCAGGAGUGGCUGCAGCUGACUAUGUAUUCCUGAAUGGAAACCCCAGACCAUCCCCCUCACCACCUCGCUGUAGAAGUCACCUUGGACCCCUGGGUCUCUCCCCAGGCUUCACAGUGAUGUCUUUAUGGGUCUGUGAUCCACAGGCCUCCUCAUACUCCUAGCCCUGGUCACCAGCUUCUCAGUCAACAGCCAGGGCCCAACAUGCCCCAGCCCGCCAUGCCCGAGUUACCCCUGGCUCUAAGACACUCCCUGUCCCAAAGGUCAUCCCCACCCCCAGCACACGUGUCUCACCCACUCCCAAACCCUCUCAUUCACCCUGUGCCAAGCCCAACAUUUGUGUUGCUGCACACCCCAAGGGCGGUUCUCUCAGUUCUGGAAGGAUCCCUCCAGUCUCUCCACACCCUGUCACACCCACCUGCGCAGUUACCUCGCAGGUAUCCGCUCUCCCAGUGUCCCAGAUCCCACGUGCCCCAUUGCCUUUGUUGGUAUUCUGCUCUCAGCCUGCCAGGCCCAGGAAGAAAUAAAAGCACACCAGUUGCUGCUCCCUAUGGAA